UAUGUGAUGAAUGGCUAAAGAAACGUCUUAAUUAUUUGUUUAGGAAAGAUUUUAUCACCAGGAGGUUUUUCGGGACAUUACCAAACCACUCAUUUUCGUGGCUGCCUCCAGGUGAUGAUGGCCGUGUGAGCUUCGCCAUGGCCCACCGGAAGCGUCAGAGCACAGCAAGCAACAUGUUGGACCACAGGGCGAGGCCGGGCCCUAUUCUGCAUGACCAAGAGCCCGAGAGUGAGGAUGCUGAGUUGCCCUUGGAGGGGUACGUGCCCAAGGGCCUGGAGCUGGCCACCCUGCGGCCUGAGAGCCCCACGCCUGAGGAGCAGGAGUGCCAUAAUCACAGCCCCGAUGGGGACUCCAGCUCCGACUAUGUGAACAACACCUCUGAGGAGGAGGACUAUGAUGAGGGCCUCCCUGAGGAAGAGGAGGGCAUCACCUAUUACAUCCGCUACUGCCCUGAGGAUGACAGCUACCUGGAGGGCAUGGACUGCAAUGGGGAGGAGUACCUGGCCCACAGCACGCACCCUGUGGACACCGAUGAGUGUCAGGAGGCAGUGGAGGAGUGGACGGACCCGGCGGGCCCACACCCCCAUGGCCACGGGGACGAAGACAGCCAGGACUACCUGGAGGGCCACCUGCCCAUCGUGGAGGACGAGCCCUCCAUCCUGGAGGCCCACGACCAGGAAGAAGAUGGCCACUAUUGUCCCAGCAAAGAGGGCUACCAGGACUACUACCCUGCAGAGGCCAACGGGAAUGCGGGCAGCGCCUCCCCCUACCGCCUGAGGCGCGGUGACGGGGACAUGGAGGACCAAGAAGAGGACAUCGACCAGAUCGUGGCUGAGAUCAAGAUGAGCUUGAGUAUGACCAGCAUCACCAGUGCCAGUGAGGCCAGCCCCGAGCAUGGGCCCGAGCCGGGGCCUGGGGACUCCACGGAGGCCUGCCCGCCCAGGGAAGCCGGCCAUGGCCCCAGCAGGCACGAGGCAAGGCCCAAGUCACUGGACCUCCCUCCUGAGGCCAAGUACCCUGGAGACCCCCAGAGAGGCUUCAAGACCAAGAGCAGGACCCCAGAGGAGAGGCCAAAGUGGCCCCAAGAGCAGGUUUGCAAUGGUUUGGAGCAGCCAAGGAAGCAGCAGCGCUCUGAUCUCAAUGGACCUGUGGACAAUAACAACAUCCCAGAGACAAAGAAGGUGGCAUCAUUUCCAAGUUUUGUGGCUGUUCCAGGGCCCUGUGAACCAGAAGACCUCAUCGAUGGGAUCAUCUUUGCUGCCAACUACCUGGGGUCUACCCAGCUGCUCUCGGAACGGAACCCUUCCAAGAACAUUAGAAUGAUGCAGGCACAGGAGGCCGUCAGCCGGGUCAAGAGGAUGCAAAAGGCUGCUAAGAUCAAGAAAAAAGCGAAUUCUGAGGGAGACGCCCAAACUCUUACGGAAGUGGAUCUUUUCAUCUCCACCCAGAGGAUCAAGGUUUUAAACGCGGACACACAGGAAACCAUGAUGGACCACGCCCUGCGCACCAUCUCCUACAUAGCCGACAUCGGCAACAUCGUGGUGCUAAUGGCCAGGCGCCGCAUGCCAAGGUCGGCCUCCCAGGACUGCAUCGAGACCACGCCCGGAGCCCAGGAGGGGAAGAAGCAGUAUAAGAUGAUCUGCCAUGUGUUCGAGUCGGAGGAUGCCCAGCUCAUCGCCCAGUCCAUCGGCCAGGCCUUCAGCGUGGCCUACCAGGAGUUCCUGCGGGCCAAUGGCAUCAACCCCGAAGACCUGAGCCAGAAGGAGUACAGUGACAUUAUCAACACCCAGGAGAUGUACAACGACGACCUCAUCCACUUCUCAAACUCAGAGAACUGCAAGGAGCUGCAGCUGGAGAAGCACAAGGGUGAGAUCCUGGGCGUGGUGGUCGUGGAGUCGGGCUGGGGCUCCAUCCUGCCCACGGUGAUCCUGGCCAACAUGAUGAACGGCGGCCCGGCCGCCCGCUCGGGAAAACUGAGCAUCGGGGACCAGAUCAUGUCCAUCAACGGCACCAGCUUGGUGGGGCUGCCCCUUGCCACCUGCCAGGGCAUCAUCAAGGGACUGAAGAACCAGACACAGGUGAAGCUCAACAUCGUCAGCUGUCCCCCGGUCACCACUGUCCUCAUCAAGCGGCCGGACCUCAAGUACCAGCUGGGCUUCAGUGUGCAGAAUGGAAUUAUCUGCAGCCUCAUGAGAGGGGGCAUCGCUGAGCGAGGGGGUGUCCGUGUCGGCCACCGCAUCAUUGAGAUCAACGGGCAGAGCGUGGUGGCCACAGCCCAUGAGAAGAUAGUCCAAGCUCUGUCCAACUCAGUCGGAGAGAUUCACAUGAAGACCAUGCCUGCCGCCAUGUUCAGGCUCCUCACGGGUCAGGAGACCCCGCUGUACAUCUAGGCCCUCCGGCCUGACUGCGCAGCCAGGACGCCAGCAGGCCCACUGGGCCCCACGGAGCCGCAGCCGGGCUGUGGACCUGAUCCUGACCCACCGCCCAGCAAGGACACUGGCUCCCCGAAGGGCGUGCCCUCACCACCACUUUUUUUUUUUUUUAGCCAAAAAGGAGUAUGUCUUUAUCAAAGGAGAGUCACGGAACAAAUCUUUGUAAAACAGUCAAGUAUCUUGCCACGUCCUGAACUGUUUCUUCACUGCGACUGACCAGGGUGUUUCUUGGUAGCUGUGUGUGGUGUGGAGUGUGUCUCUCCUCCCUGACACUGCAGGGAGCAAACCCGUGUGCCUGUGACACGGCCUGAGGGAGGUCCCCAAGGGGCGGGCUCCUGGGCGGUGCAGUGGCCGCCCCCCUCUUGCCCCCUCAGCUGGGACGUCUGGGGUCUUGCACACCACGGGCAGCCUCUCCCACUGCCUCUGCAGGAACAUGGGUGGCCCAGCUCCCGGGACGUGACCUGUCUUAAAAGUGUGGACAUGUGAUUGAUGGUAAAUAAAGAAUGAUGGCCACAAUAUCAAAACUCCACAUUCCUUCAGAUAAUAGUACCAUUUGGACUUUUAUUUUGGCAAGCUGUUUUUCACACUUUAGGGUUUUCCCAUGAAGACCUGAGACCACACCUGCUUCUCUGGUCUCACCUGGGUGCCCUCCCCUCGCGGCUGCAUCUCCAGGCAGGGCUCUGGCGAGUGGGACCAGGCUCGCUGUCCCGCCAGGGACAAGGAGAGCACGGGCGUCUGCCCCCUACUUAAAAUCCAUCUGUACACACACAGCCACACACAUGACCCCCUGGAGAAACAGAACCCACACCAGAAAACUCGACCUCUGCCCUCCCCGAGGUCACUGGCUGUGGGCGCAGGUCACCGCGGCCACGGCCCUGAGCAGUAUUAGCGUGUGUGCAGAUGAAGUCAGAUAGAGUCUAGCUCCGUCCAUUAGAGAUCCAAUGUUAACUGACGUCAUUUUGUCUGGAAGUCUUUUUUUGGCCCAGGCCUUGAAGAAUACACUGUGACUUAAGAAGCCUUACUGCGCAGUAACUAAAGCUUUAGGAUUACUGUAUUCGAGGAGUGACCAUGUGUUGCAUGCAGCUGACCUUAGGAAGACUUCGCGCAUAUCACUAAUAAACCUGAAGUCGUGAUGAA